UCCGCAGCACACUAACGGAGUUUUCCUUUCAAGUUACACGUUUCGUCAAAUUACGUGCUACGUUUUCAUUCCGCCAAUAUUUUACCACAAACUCCGUUUUUUUUUAAAAAAACGUGAUAAAAAUAUACGGACUUGGGAUGAAGGUCAGUGGUCUGGUUUUAAUGGAGAACCAGUGACGGAAAUCUGUCUAGCGAAUCUGCGCCCGCGGAACCGCCUGCAGGCCACUCGUCAUUUGGAAGCUGGUUUCCGCUGCUGGACUGAGCGCAGGUUCGACAGAGCACAUGUUAUUAGAACCCUCCCACGUCUGCAGCAUGGCGGUGCAGGUCUCCGAGUCAGACCAGAUAAAACAGUUUAAAGAGUUUCUGGGCACUUACAACAAGCUGACGGAGAACUGCUUCAUGGACUGUGUCAAGGACUUCACCAGCCGGGAGGUCAAACCAGAGGAGAGCAGCUGUUCUGAGAACUGCCUCCAGAAGUACCUGAAGGUGACCCAGAGGAUCUCCAUGCGUUUCCAGGAGUACCACAUCCAGCAGAAUGAAGCGCUGGCCGCCAAGGCCGGCCUGCUUGGUCAGCCCCGCUAGAACCAGCCAUCUGUUCUGGGCGAACUGGACCAGUCAUCCAAACCUCUGAAACUCUGGUUGUUAACCCUGUUUGACCAUUAGAUGGGUUAAUAGAUUUGCUCAUUCACAGAUCACAUCUAGUUUUAAAUCUAGUUCUCUGCUCCUGUUGAGACACAGGAAGAGAUUUUCCCUGUUAAAGAGGUGAAGGGCCACAGGUUUCUGUCUAAAAUCACUUAAGAUACAAAUGAGUCGCAGCACCAUGAAGAAUCCUCCAGUAAUCCAGAUUUCGUGAACUAAACACUUUGAACAUGGAGACCAGCACAACGACAGACACCCAGAUUUCAAGGUGAUGUUUGCCUCAUCAACAUGUAGUAUUCUGAAAACAGACCAGGAUUGUAUUUAUUAAAAUACCCUCAAGGUUCACUUGA